UGCAGCAGCACCUUCCCUUCCAACACAGGAAAACUUCAGAACAUCUGUCAGACAUCUCUCUCCACCAAAGAAGAUGGCUGGCCUGUGCUGGACGGCCAUGGUGCUGGCCUUGUUUCUGUCUACUGGACGAAGUUCGGCUGCUGUGGACCAGAACUGGCUCACCAGUGUCAUAGAAGGCAUCAAGAAUGAGUAUGACCUAGGUGACACCUUCAGUCUGGCAGUGAACAUCCCACAGGACCAAGACAUAAAUAAUCUUCAGCAGGUCUUUCAGGGUGACCCUGCAAACACAGUGAAACAAACUGUUUCAAAGGGUGAAGUGUACCAAGGCACCAGGGUAUUGGCAGCAGCAGAUUCAAAGGCACUAUCACGUGUUCUAGAAAACAUGCAACCCCUCAUUAAGAGCAGUCAGGGUAAUUUCCUCGUCAUCUACUCUGAAGAGUCCCCAAGUGCCAAUGAGGACAACAUCACUGGCAAGAUAAACGACGUCAUUCAGAACUGGAAAGGUUAUGCAUUUGUGUUUUCUAAAGUAGUUGAUGUUCCUACCGUAGACAAGUCUCAACUGGCUGAAUCCUUUAAACAACUUGGGAUAGCUAAACUUGGGCUUGACAACAUCUUCCGUUGUUAUAAACCUGGAAAUGAUCCUUUUCAGUGCACAAGCUGCUCCUCAGGUGGAGAUGUUACGCCCUCAUGUGUUGCAAACGAUGCCCCAUCAAAUCAAGAACAGGGCGUAGGUGAGGAACAAACUACGACCCCACCAACAGGCACAGAUGUGGGCAAAGAAAUAGCACCAGGUGAAGGAACAGCACCAGGUGAAGGAACAGCACCAGGUGAAGGUAUAGCACCAGGUGAAGGAACAGCCCCAGGUGAAGGUAUAGCACCAGGUGAAGGAACAGCACCAGGUGAAGGUAUAGCACCAGGUGAAGGAACAGCACCAGGUGAAGGUAUAGCACCAGGUGAAGGAACAGCACCAGGUGAAGGUAUAGCACCAGGUGAAGGAACAGCACCAGGUGAAGGAACAGCACCAGGUGAAGGUAUAGCACCAGGUGAAGGAACAGCACCAGGUGAAGGAACAGCACCAGGUGAAGGAACAGCACCAGGUGAAGGAACAGCACCAGGUGAAGGAACAGCACCAGGUGAAGGUAUAGCACCAGGUGAAGGAACAGCACCAGGUGAAGGUAUAGCACCAGGUGAAAGAACAGCACCAGGUGAACAGCACCAGGUGAGACAAUGCAAGCGUGCAGGAGGCUGCAAACGCAGAGGAGGUGGCAGGCGUGGCAAAGGUGGCAAGAUUAGGAGACAACGCAAGCGUAAAGGCGGCAAGCGCAGAGGAGUCAGAAGGCGUGGAAGAGGUGGCAAGGUUAGGAGACAACGCAAGCGUAAAGGCGGCAAGCGCAGAGGAGUCAGAAGGCGUGGAAGAGGUGGCAAGAUUAGGAGACAACGCAAGCGUAAAGGUGGCAAGCACAGAGGAGUCAGAAGGCGUGGAAAAGCUGGCAAGGUUAGGAGACGAAGUAUGCUUAAAAGAGGCAAGCGCAGGCGAGGCGGCAGGCGUGGAAAAGCUGGCAGGGUUAGGACAGGGCGCAAACAAAAAAGAGGAGGCAGAGGUAGAGGAUGGGGUAAGCCUAGAGGAGGACGCAGAAGCAAAGGUAAAGGAUGGGGAAUGGGUAGAAGCCGCGGUAAACGCAGAGGAGGUGGUAGAAGCUGGAGUAAGCGUCGAGGCAGGCGUAGUUGGGGACUGCAAUGAUACAGGUAACAUAACUUUGUAAGAACCUGAGAAUCUAAGCAGCAGCCCAAUGAAGCUGACUGAGACAAAACAAUACAUUACACUCAAUAAAAUUUUGCUUCUUUUUUUUUUUUUUUUAUCUCUCAUAGAUUUCAUGACUCCGUUCUGAUAUUUUAUACUGCCUAUGCAUCUAUAUUACACCUGAGUUUUGGCACCGAUACUGAAGAGGGUCCUUUUUUUUUCUAACUUUAAAAAAGAUUAACCUGGUCGUAUCCAAUAUUUUUCUUAUUGUCAGACCAAAAGAAGCAAUGUAUGAAUCUACUAACAAGUGUGCUAGAUCUUCUUUCUCUGUGCCACAGCGGAGCUCCAUUGUUGCUAAAAACACAUCAGUGAGCCACACUGUUGCACUGGGGGACAUGCUCCUCAAUUACCAUGAACACACACACUGUUGCUUAUUUUGACUAAAUCCCACAAAAACCAUCAAGCUGCCACAAAUACUAACGAGAGCACCAAAUGUAGAUUUAAAGCACCAGGGCUGCGGCCAGAGUCAGGUUAAGGAAGUCAGAAAAUAUUUAGAGUAGGGAUGGGCAUUUUCAGUAAUGUCAAUGUUAAAGAAUUUGUACUUGAGUAUUUGCAAAAAAAUAAAAUAAAUAAAUUUUAAAAAGCCAUUUAUUUAACUAACCAUGGAUUCAACGAUAACAUAAACAAAUGAGUUUACUGAUACUGUCAUGCUGACCUUUAUUUCAUCAAAAUUCAACAUGGAUCUUUUUUUUUCACUAGAUGCUUCUGCCACUAGUGUACAUGAUUGCCAAAACAUUGUUUAGAUUUUUUUUUGGGCUUCUGAAGGGGGGCAUGACAGAAACAAUUUACAAACUACUUGGUUAGAUGCAGCACUGAAGGACCAUCUCCGAGCCACUCUCCUCCUGGUCAGUUCAAAGACUGUCCGGUUAGCAUGAGAUAACACUGCAGCAGCAGCUGCUAACAUCUGUAACCAAGCCAUUUAACACUCCCAACAAACUCAUACCAACACCGAACAGUUGGAUUAGAACAAGUCGUUUUCAAAAAUAUUCAUCCACUGAUUUAAAGAUGUCUUUUUUACAAUGUAAGUAAUUCCACUUUUGACCACUAUGUAAAAUUGGCUUCAAUUCCCAGGUUGACAUUAAUCCAAGUAAGUCCCAGCCCAUUUGCUGGUACUAUGGAGUUAUUUGAAAUAGUUAAACAUGUAAAACAAAAGUAGCUCAUUCGCAGUGUCACAAUCAAGAAAAAAAAAUGCAAAGUGUAUUUCUUUGGUUUGUUUUAUCUGCAAAGUAGGCCCUUGGUCUCAAUGUGUUAAAGCCUGAGUUGCAACCAGUUCACCUGACCAACCACAGAGAAUAUGUGACCUCAGUGUCUUUAUAUUAGUGACACAGAGCAUUGACCGCUUACGCCAUUUAGCUGAUGAGGAAACAUUCACUGAAGGUGAAUGGGAGUAAUGACUGAGACAAAGAAGAAGAAAGGGAGGGUAAAUGUAAAUUAAGCUCAGUAUCUUUAGUACUUACAAACUUGUACUUUGUACUUCUGUAAAACCAAGCCUGCUGAUGUUCUGUUCUUUCUGAUUAAAGCUUGGCUCAGCAUCCGUC